CCUCUUCUCCGUGUCCCACAGCGACGCUCCGGAGCUGUUGCGCCCUCACGGCAGCGGGGCCGUGGCUCCGGCGGCGGGACGGGAAGGGUCGCUCCCCUCAGCGGCGCCGGGCGGGCCGGCUGAGGGACCAGAGCGGUCUCCCUCCCCUCAGCGGCGCCGGGCGGGCUGGCUGAGGGACAAGGGCGAUGUGUACGGCGGUGCCGGCAGCGGCCGGGUCCCUGCGGGGCGACGGCGGGGACUCCGCAUCCACCGCUCUGGGGAAUACUUUGAGUUUCUUUCCUCCUGUCCCGUCCCCUCAGGAAACAAAAAUCCCCCAGCUAACCGUUAGCUGGUCGCUCAUUCCUGGAGACUUACCGGUGACUGUCCCCGUACUGUAAAGCGGUGCAGCCCCGUAUGCCCACACGGCCUGGCCUCAGCUGGUGGUGGGGCAGCCCCCCAGGCAUAGGCAGGCAACGGGUGCUGUGUGCUGAGGCUCAGCCCUGGCCCGCGGGGGCCUGACCUCUGGCGCAACUGUAAGUGAAGGGAACCUUCUGCACGCCUGGAGCUGGUCGGCUUUAGAAGAGGAAAGCAGUAACAGGCUUUCUGGUACAGCUGGGCACUCUGAUUGCAAAAGGAGGAUCAGGAGAAGAAACUUGCGAAGACCGCGCACAGAAUUAGAACAACUGUAUCGCAGACUUUUUGCUACUUGAAAGCUCUCCCUUCUCAAGUCCUGGAGUUGCUUCCUUUUCCCACGUGAGGAUAUAAUGUCUCUUUCAUCACUCAAGAUAGAUGUAACUGAAGGGAGCUGCCAGGGUUUUAUUUUGGUUCUGGUUUCUCUACUCUCUCAUUAAUUGGACUUUUCCCAUCUUCUUCAGGAGGAUUAUAAAAGGAUUAGAGAAGCUGCGGGUUUUGCAGUGUGGGAGGUAGCUGUUUUUCUCCCCUCAAUUCUGGGACCUCCUUGAUUUGCCAUUUGUUCCCUGAAGUCACUGCCUGUUUGGAAAAGAGAGAAGCAGCAUAACAGAUGAACUUGCAUGACCAUGGAUUCCUUCCCUUUGCAAACUCUGUAUACGGCUGCUUGUAAAAGAGGUUUUUGCAUCUAUGAACAUGCAAUGAAGAAUAGCAGCCUGGGCUGGAUUUAAAGGGAGCAAACUGCUGGUGUCCAGAGGAAAGGAUCAUUCUGUUUAUAGUUAAAAGAAAAUUGGAUGUUGUUACAGUGUUGAAUUCUGGCGAAAGGAAAGAUCUGAUUGAGUCAAAUACUCUGCCAGCCGAGACCUGCAGAUUGUGCAGCUGAAACUGGAAGAUGUCUUGGAAGAGAAACUACUUUUCUGUGGGUCGGGGGAAUGUACAGGGCAUGUUUACUCCACGAAAUACAACCUCGAUAGCACCCAGUAAAGGUCUCAGCAAUGAACCGGGACAGAACAGUUGCUUCCUGAAUAGUGCACUACAGGUUCUCUGGCACCUGGACAUUUUUCGCCGCAGUUUCCGGCAAAUCACAUCGCACAAAUGUAUGGGCGACUCUUGCAUCUUCUGUGCUCUGAAGGGUAUCUUCAACCAGUUUCAGUGCAGCAGUGAGAAAGUGCUGCCUUCCGAUGCCCUGCGCACGGCGCUCGCCAAGACAUUUCAGGAUGAGCAACGCUUCCAGCUGGGCAUCAUGGAUGAUGCUGCUGAGUGUUUCGAAAACCUGCUCAUGAGGAUUCACUUCCACAUUGCAGAUGAGACAAAGGAAGAUAUUUGCACUGCACCACAUUGUGUUUCCCACCAGAAGUUUGCCAUGACUUUGUUUGAACAGUGUGUUUGUACCAGCUGUGGUGCCACCUCUGACCCGUUACCUUUCAUCCAGAUGGUACAUUAUAUUUCCACAACCUCACUCUGCAAUCAAGCUAUUUGUAUGUUGGAGAGACGAGAGAAACCCACUCCAGAUAUGUUUGGAGAGCUCCUGCAGAACGCCAGCACUAUGGGAGACCUGCGGAACUGCCCGAGUAACUGUGGGGAAAAGAUCCGUAUUCGUCGUGUGCUGAUGAACUCCCCACAGAUCAUCACCAUCGGCUUGGUCUGGGAUUCGGACCACUCUGACCUGGCUGAGGAUGUGAUUCACAGUCUGGGCACUUGCCUUAAACUGGGAGAUCUGUUCUUCAGGGUAACUGAUGACAGAGCAAAACAGUCAGAGCUGUAUUUGGUGGGAAUGAUCUGUUACUAUGGAAAGCACUAUUCUACCUUCUUCUUCCAAACUAAGAUCCGCAAGUGGAUGUACUUCGACGAUGCUCAUGUCAAAGAGAUUGGUCCAAAGUGGAAAGAUGUUGUGACAAAGUGCAUUAAGGGUCACUAUCAGCCUUUGCUGCUGCUGUAUGCAGAUCCAAGAGGGACUCCAGUGUCGACACAAGACUUGCCCCCUCAAGUGGAUUUACAGCCGUAUAGCAGGACUUGCUACGAUAGCGAAGACUCAGGGAGAGAACCUUCCAUCUCCAGUGAUACCAGGACGGAUUCCUCCACGGACAGCUUUCCUUACAAACAGGCACACCACGAGUCUGUGGUCAGUCACUUCUCCUCUGACUCACAGGGAACAGUCAUCUACAAUGUGGAGAACGAUGCAGCUUCACAAAGCAGCAGGGACACAGGGCACCUGACUGACAGUGAGUGCAAUCAGAAGCACGUUUCCAAAAAGGCUUCUCUGGCAGACCGCAAGAGGAGUUGUAGCCGGUCGCGGCGGAAAGGAGAGGAGGCUCAGUGCUCAGGCUACCACAGUGAAGGAGAAACCUUGAAGGAGAAACAAGCCCCGAGAACUGCCCCGAAACCAUCCAGCAGCACCAGCAGGCUGAGGGAAUUUAAAGAGACAGUGAGCAAUAUGAUCCACAGCAGACCACAGCAGCUUUCUCAGACCAUCCAGAAUUCCCCUCGGGGAGGGAGCAGUGUGGAUCAGGCAGAAACACGACCCUCAAAAAGCCUGUCUGCGCACUCUCGAGACUGGGAAGCGGAGAGUACCAGCAGCGAGUCCAAGUCCAGCUCGUCCAGCAGGUACCGGCCAACCUGGAGACCCAAAAGAGAGUCUCUGAAUAUAGACAGCAUCUUCAGUAAAGACAAGAGGAAGCACUGUGGCUACACUCAGCUUAGCCCCUUCUCUGAAGAAGCAGGUAAAGAGCUCAUUGAGAAUGAGGUGAAGGAACAUGCUGUUCAAGAAACUAGGUCAAGCCAGGCAAAUGUCAAGUACAAACGUGGUGUGCUGGGCAGGGGCACCCAGCAUCACGUGGUGGAUCAGCACCCUCAGCUAAUACAGAGGAUGGAAUCCGGCUACGAGAGCAGCGAACGCAACAGCAACAGCCCAGUCAGUCUGGACAUGCCCUUGUCUGAAAGCUCAGGCACCCACAGGGAUGCCCAUCUGAAGCGAGCAGGUGGAUUGGUUCCUGCCUGGCGUAACAUCCCAAAGUCUCACAGUAGCAGCAUCUUGGAAGUGGAGUCUGCUUCAUCAUUUGGGAGCUGGGCAAACAGCCCACACGCCAUUGGAAACGGUGGGGAGAUGUUUGUCCCUUUGAAGAGUGAGCUGGAUGAAUUGCAAGAGGAGGUGGCCAGGAGAGCACGUGAGCAAGAGCUACGCAGAAAAAGGGAGAAGGAAAUGGAGGCAGCAAUGGGCUUUAACCCCCGUCCCAGCAGGUUCAUGGAUCUAGAUGAACUGCAGAAUCAGGGGAGGAGUGAUGGCUUUGAGAAGUCGAUGCAGGAGGCAGACUCGAUCUUUGAAGAGUCGCUGAAUCAGGAGCAGAAGGGAGAUUGUGCUGCAGCUUUGGCUCUCUGUAACGAAGCUAUCUCUAAACUAAGACUUGCCAUGCAUGACGCCAGCGCUAGCACUCACAGCAGAGCCCUAGUCGAUAAGAAGUUGCAGAUCAGUAUCCGCAAGGCCCGGAGCCUCCAGGACCGCGCGCAGCACCAGCAGCCGCCGCCGCACGCACGCCCGGCGCAGGCCGGCUCCGGCGCCCGCUCCGCAAGUGAACAGACUGGCCCGCUCCAAGUACUGCUGAGCCAGGAGGUACCACUGGAACCCAACAAAGAAGUGGAAUUUGGGUCCAGUUCUUUCUUCCACCCACCUGCUUCCAGCCAUGAAUUGCACUCAUCAUUAUAUCCAGAGUCUUCCUCCUUGCCCCCUUCUGAAAGCAAUCCAUCCAACAGGAUCUCUCCAAACUUCCAGUCUGCUUCUGCUGAUUUUCAUGACCGGGUUCCCUCUUUUCCCUAUAGGCAGGGGUUGGCAGAGAGGUCUUCAAGAACUGAGAAUGAUGCCCACCAUAGUGUGGAAUUUGCUGAUGCCACAGGGUCAAAAGACUAUAGGGAAUGCUGCAGCGGCAGCAGGUUAGAAGAGGUUCAUAACACAGCGCCUGUUCUCACAUCUCAGUGCAAAUCCAAGGCUAACACAAUAAACUCUGGGUCUUUGCCUACACUAUUUCCCUGUCCACAUCCACCACAAGCAGCAUCUCCUGAAAAGGACAGCCAGCACAGUCCUUGUUCCAAACUUGCAAGCUCUCCGGCGCGGCCCAGCAUUGAUCAUUUAGGGGCCUAUCAUGCAGUGAGCCCUGCAGCCUCAUCCCCUACCCGGCAGUGCUCCUUGGAUCCUUUGCAGAAAACAGAUAAGUACUACAGAGCAAACAGCCAUGGGCUUUUAUUACCCUCACAGGAUGAAUGUGGCACAGCAGAAGGUUGCAAACCUGAGGGGCUUAGUACAAAGGGCCACGUUCGCUCUUUGGCAGAGCAGUUUCAGCAAAUGCAUGCAGUCUCCCAGAGGAAAGGUACCCAUGAAAAAGGCUGGAUUGCUGCAGUGUGUCAGGAUGAGAAGUCUCCAAAGUUAACACAAAAAUCUUCCAACAACCCUUCAUGCUCUGGUUACAGACAGCCAAUCCAUCAAAACCAGGAGAACAAAAACCAAUCUUCUGAAAAAUUCCCCUCAACUGUGGAUAUUAGGGACGGGGUAGUUUCUUUGGAGGGUUUUAGUGCCCAACACGUUGCUUCUAAGAGUGUUUGUUCUCACAGUGAAGAGCUGUGUAGAAGAGGUGGACAGAAUGUAGCAGACCCUGCAUUCUACCUGGAGAGGCACUGUCAUGAUGGAGGAAUGAAACAGGUGGAUGAUGGAGCUGCUGGUAGCGUGGUUGCCUCUGUGCCUGUGGACUGUUGGGUGGACAAUGUUACUAGGUAUUACAGUUCUCAGAAGGCUAAUAACAAUACUGACUGGCUGCCUGUACCUGGGAGGAGUCCAUCCCUUUCUGAUCAGAGAGCAGUUGGAGAUGACUUGAGCAGGAUCCCAGUACAUCUGCAUCCACAGUGGAAUCAAGACACAGAGCAGGAGCUCUCAGAACUGGAAUCCCUCUAUCAGACUAGUCUGCAGGCAUCUUGGGCCACUAGGCCUUUCUUGGGAAGACAGGACAGUGCUAGGUAUCCAUUUGACCAACCAGCCUCUGCGGAGCCGAGCGCGAGGAAGCUGCCUGGCACGGCUGGCACGGGCGGCUCCAGGACCCCGACGGCCGAGAUCGAGCGCAGUCUGUGUGGAUCCGCUGCCUCUUCUGUCUGCAAGGUCACAUAUACCAGAGGACGUAGCAGGGAGCCAGAAGAGGAGGAAAUGUACAGUGCAGAGAACUUCCGUCGCAUUGCUCGCAGCCUCAGUGGGACAGUCAUCUCAAACAGAGAAGAGACCUUGGUCUCUUCUCACAGUUUUGAAGCACCAAAUACAAGGAAAAUGCCAGUGGACACCAGCCACCGUUCUUCCAGCUCCACUUCCCUUCCUUUCCCCCAUGAUCCUCCUGUGUUUCCCUUUGAUCCCCAGCACAACCCCAGCCAGGUGCAGCACGUCCCCCGUGAUGUACUGAUGCCCAGCAUGGUGGGCAAGGCACGUAAACCCUCAGGAGAUCAGAAGAACAGCAUCCAGAAACUUCUGGUUGUGCCUGACGGGGGUGAAGCUUUCCAAGGUGAAGACUACCCAGGUGUGGCACUGAGCUACGGGAGUCUCCCUUGUGCACCCAAAGGCACCCUCCCCCAGGGGCAGAAGCCUCCCGUUCCUCCUCAUUCUGGAGCACCGGGUGCCUGUGGGCGCUGGCUGCAGACCAGCUGCCCUGCCAGGCCGACAGCCACGCUGCCAGAGCAGCGCCCGGCGCUCUGGGGGAAGCACGCCGGCCAGAGCUCCCGGGAGGGCCUCCCCCAGGAAAGCUUCCUCCAGCAGCCUUCCCGUGCAGCGCGUGGGUCUUCCUCCCUGGGGGGCAGGCCGCCAGCCGGCGCAGCCUACAGCACUUUACCCACACCACGGGAGCCUUCGUGGGGUCCCGGGGCCUCGCAGGGUUGUCCUGUGCCCCCUUCUUGCGCGAAGGCCCCGGGCCCCAGGAGGGUCGACAUGCCCCCGGAGGAAGACUGGCGACAGAGCAGCUACACCCCUCAGCCUGGCAGGAGGCCGAUGCUGCCGGUGCACGUGACGGACGGGACCUGUCCUGCUGCCUCGGAGGCACACAGAAACCCGCUGGCUCGAGCGGCUGCGGGCAGCGUGCACAACAGUGGCUGGUGAGAUCCUGCUCCGUGUGCACACUGGAUCUCUGCUGGAGCACAGCUGACGUGCAGGCAGCAAACUCUUUCCAUCGGCUUCUGUGCCACUUCUGUCUUAAAAUGUAGCUCUACAGUACGUGGAAACUAAUUGCACUGUAUUUCGUUUCUGACACUACUGAACUGCUGUCUGGAUGGGGAAUCUUAGCUCUCUGGUCCUGGCCCCUCCGAGCAAAGAAGUGCUCCAGGGCCGGUGAUGCUCCAGGGGCGCCGGCUUACGGGUAAGUUCAGGAGCGUGCAGUGUCUCGAGGGAAGACAGCCACUAACAAGAGGAUGUUUUUAAAGACUCUUUUUUCAUGAAAUGUAGCUUUGGUAAAUCCUUCACAUAAAAGCCCAGGACCUUUCGUUUCCUUCUCCUGUUCCUCUCUCCUGUUCCUUCCUAGGGGGGAAACAAAACCUGACCCACCUGGCGGGUUGCAGUGAAUCUGCACUUGGCAGGCUGGCAGUUGGUAAAGCAAACCCAGCGUUCAGUGCGCUGAGAUCCUUGGGAGAGCUCCCAGCUGUAGUCACUGGGAGACACCAUUCAUCAGUACAUCAGAAUUUCCCCACUUCCUGAAGGCAAACUAACAAUGCUCCAAGCAGAACAGACUGUUAAUGCCGCACGCUUAACCACACCAAUGUAAACACAGAGCGAGUUGAACUAUUUUAGUGUCAAACAUACUUGCUUUUGUAAGUAUUUUUCAAAUAAAUCUAUGAAAAUAGUUCUAUUUA